UGUUGCUGCAUAUAAACUGAAAAAUCCUAUGCAAGUUCGCGCGGAUUUUUUCUUCUUCUUUCCAAUAAAUAUCAGGACGAAGGAGGAAAAUUUUUUGAAGCGCCUUGCUGUUAAGGAAGUAGCUCAUGCUCGCUAUUACAUGUUGCGUCAUCAACAGUGUGAUGUCGUAUUUGACUCGCGAAGAUCGCGCUCUAGCAACUGAUUUACUUGUAUUUGGUCGUUGCCAUGGUAACACCUACAACAGAAACUGGAACUGUUUUACGAAGGUUUAAUACGGAAACAAACUGGCACUGGGUCUCUGUAGUUACAAAUCAAAAUGGAAACUAACUCGCACUUUGUCCACGAAAUCUAUCAUUUAUACUCUCAAGAAAUUUCAAUUACAAUUUCAUCAGUCUCGAUGGAGC